AUGGUUCUUUUACGCUUUGCUUGGCUUGCUAGCUUGCUUGGUUCUGCUAUUGCGGCUACUCCUGCUCAAUGGCGCUCGCAGUCUAUAUACUUUAUGCUUACUGAUCGGUUCGCGAGGACGGACGGUUCGACUACGGCGGCUUGUGAUGCUAGUAUGGGGAGAUACUGCGGCGGGACCUGGAAGGGGAUUGAAAACAAACUCGAUUAUAUCCAGGGAAUGGGAUUCACGGCUAUCUGGAUUACUCCUGUAACGGCCCAAUUGACUGAGGAUACCAAGUACGGUCAAGCCUAUCAUGGAUACUGGCAGCAAGACAUUUACGGCCUCAACUCGCAUUAUGGCACAGCAGAUGAUCUGAAAGACCUUGCAUCGGCACUGCAUAAACGUGGAAUGUAUCUCAUGGUUGAUGUAGUAGCCAACCACAUGGGCUAUGAUGGUUCCGGAGACUCAAUUAACUACGACACAUUCGACCCAUUCAAUGAGAAGAAGUACUUCCACUCCUACUGCGAGGUCAACGAUUACAGCAACCAAACCAACGUGCAAGACUGCUGGCUCGGUGAUACGACCGUUUCACUUCCAGAUCUGGAUACCGAAAGAGAGGAUGUCCGGAAUAUGUGGUACGACUGGGUUGGAUCAUUGGUCUCCAACUACUCAAUUGACGGUCUUCGCGUUGACACAGUCAAACAUGUCGAGAAGAGCUUUUGGCCCGGCUAUAACAAAGCCGCUGGCGUCUACUGUAUCGGUGAGGUCUUUGAUGGCGAUGCCGAUUAUACUUGUCCUUACCAGAAGGUCAUGGACGGAUUACUCAACUACCCAAUGUACUACCCGCUCCUCAAAGCCUUCAAAUCAACAAGCGGAAGCAUGAGCGAUCUCUACGACAUGAUCAACACAGUCAAGUCAACCUGCGCCGACUCGACUCUACUAGGGAAUUUCGUGGAGAACCAUGAUAACCCUCGCUUUGCCUCCUACACCGAUGACAUGUCACUCGCCAAAAACGCCGCAGCCUUUACCAUCAUGGCAGACGGUAUUCCAAUCAUCUACGCCGGGCAGGAACAGCACUACAAGGGAGGCAAUGACCCGCACAAUCGCGAGGCAACCUGGUUGUCCAAGUACAACACCGAUAGUGAAUUGUACAAGCUCAUUGCGAAGGCAAAUGCUAUUCGGAAUCAGGCUAUCUACAAGAGUGAUCAGUAUACCACUUACAAGAACUACCCAAUUUAUAAAGACGACAUCACGCUAGCUAUGCGCAAAGGCUACAGCGGCUCUCAGACAAUUACCAUCCUCUCGAAUCUCGGUGAGAGUGGAAGCUCGUAUACGCUUUCUCUCCCUGACACGGGAUUCCAGCCUGGGGAUAAGUUGAUGGAGAUUAUUACUUGUACGAGUGUUACUGUUGAUAGUAGUGGGAAGGUUCCUGUUUCUAUGACAAAAGGACAGCCGAGGAUUUUAUAUCCUGCUUCCUUGAUCCAAGGAGCGAGUUUGUGUUCUUGA